AUGCAGUGGCGAGAUUCGUUUGGUCUUUCGCAAUGGAAGCAGCUCCAGAGUGAAUACUUGCCUUACGGCUGGAAGAACCAGUCUUUUGCAAUAAUCGGCAAUACUCUUGAUCUGCUUACACAUCCGGACAAUGGUCGUGUGUUUGAGCGGAAAUCAGCAGAUGCAUGCGUUCGCUGUGCUGUGGUGGGAAAUGGUGGAAUACUGAAUGGAUCCGGACAGGGAAAAGCCAUAGACGGUCACGAUUAUGUCUUCAGGUUUGUGAACUGUGAAGAAAUCCCACCUCAGGGCAUCUCUUAUAUUUUCAUCCCAGCAGAAGCACGAGACUAUGUGAUGCUUGCAGCUGCUGCCCGGGGUGUGCCUGUGCUCUCUGGGGUGGAUAAAGACAGCAGGGCCAGUCAGAUUUUUGGAUACAAUCCUGAAAUACGGCAGUUGAAGAUGAUCCAUCCCAGCUUCAUUCAUUACGUGACUCAAAGGUUUCUGAAAUCACCAUGGCUCGUUCUCUUCAAAGACCUGUACAUGCCCAGCACCGGUGCCAUGAUGCUGAUGACUGCUUUACACUCCUGUGACCAGGUUUCUGCUUAUGGCUUCAUCACAGACAAUUACAAAGACUUCUCAGACCAUUAUUAUGACAGGGUGAAGAAGCCUCUGGUCUUCUAUGCCAACCAUGACAUGGUGAUGGAGAAAAAUCUGUGGAAGACGCUGCAUUCUCAAGAGCUUUUGUGGCUGUAUCAGAGAGAAACAAAGAAAUGA